AUGUUGAAAUCAUCAAGGGAUUCAUUUUAUGAAGAAAGUGAUUUUAAUUCAGGACCUAGAUUAAUUAUUGAAGAAUCUUCAACUACCAAUCCAACGACAUCAACGGCUAUGUUUCUUGAACCUUCUAAUUCUAUUGCUGAAUCACCAUUAAUUCAUCAUGAUGAUGAAACUGAACCUGAAAUCGAACCAAAUUUUGUUAAACUGAAAGAAGCUGGGGAUGAUGGGAAUUCAUCUGAUGGAACUGUUAUUUUAAAUGGAGAUGAAACCGAUAUUGAAACUGAAUCAGAAAAUGAAUCAUCACCAAUGAAGAAAAAUAAUAAUGAUACCACCUCAAUAAAUAAUAGUAAUAAUAAUAAUAAUAAUAAUAAUGACAAUAAUACAGUUAAACCAAGUGAUGUUGUUUCUUCAGCAUCUGGAGAAAUGUCAACAUUUAUUGAAUCUGAAGAAACUAAUAAAACAGGUAAGAAAUCAAGAAGUAAAUUUUCAAAUAAAGGUAGAGAAUUAACAUCAGAACAACGAAAUUAUAUUUAUGGAUUUCAUGAUGCUAUAAAUAUUUAUCAAAAACAAGUUGAAUUAUAUUUUGAUAAAGUAUUAAUUGAUAUUCAAAAUGAUAAAAAAUUUACUGGUAUGAAAACUAAAAUCAAAAAUCUAGUUAAAUUACCUAAAUUCACUAUACAAAAUCAAGCUGAUUCAUGUCAUUGCAAUCAAUCUACAUUUAAAACAACUUUAGAAAAAAGAAAUGUUCGUCUAAAUGGUAAAAGUUUGAAAAGAUCUGGUCCAACAUCUAGAAAAAUCCCUGAAGAAGUUGGUUUACAAGCCAUUGAAUUUAUGAAACAUAAUCCUGGUUUAAAAAGAAAAGAUAUUAUGGAAAAAUUUGGUAUAACUGCAAACCCAAGAACUUUUAAAACCUUUUUAAAAAAUCAUAAUUUUACCUAUAGAGGACCUGAUGGUAAACUUGUUUGA